GGUGGCAGCAGAGUGUUUAGCUAACCGACGGAAGGACAACCGUAGAAGAAGACGCAACCGGAAGUUGCGACACGCAGGGUUGUUGACACAUCCAGCUAGCCUUUGCUAGGUGGUAUCACAUUUCAUUGACAUUUUUACGAAACAUUUUGUUCACAAUGAGUUUUCCAGAGAACAGGCAUGGGACGAAACGACCAGUGUCUCCGGAUGACGACGGGUCCACCCAGUGGGCCGCAGCCGAUCUGGGAAGCAACGAAAGGAAGCAGAAGUUUCUACGUCUAAUGGGCGCCGGCAAGAAAGAACCCACAGGACGCCUCGUCAUCGGCGACCACAAGUCGACGUCUCACUUCCGCAGUGGGCGGGAAGAUCAGCAGAUGAACGAUCAGCUGGAGAUGCAGUACCAGCAGAGCAUGGAUGGGAAGCUCUCGGGCCGCAACAGGAGACACUGCGGCCUCGGUUUCAGCGAGCCGUCCCCGGAGCGAGACUCGUUGCCCCCCCCGCUAGUGGACGGUCAGUUCAAAGAAACGGAGCCAGAGAAGUCCGUCGGCGAAGAUAAACCGGCAGAAAGCCCGAGCGACGGCAGCGAGUCGGACCCACAGAACCAGACGUCCUCAGACGGCAGCGACGAAGAGGAGCGCAAAGACGGCGACGAGGCGGCCUGCGGGGCGUCGGCGUAGGGCUGCGGGGGAGGAACUAGUUUUUGUAAUCUUUGUACAUUGUGACGUUUGUUUCACUGUAGGCGUCCGGCCGCCAGUCGCUGCUUCUCGGCUCAGGCGCUCGGCGCCGGGCCGCGUCCUGCAGCCUGCAGCGCGUCUGGAGGAGAAAUCCCCAAACCAGAAAAGGCUGCGUUUGGGUUGGGUGGUGGUCCGUGAAGCCGAGGUGGCAAAUAGUCCCAUUUUUAUUUCUUUUGAACAUUUUAACAGUCGCUGCAUUUUCCACGGAUGGCGUUGGAGGAACGGGAUCGCUCGCCACGCGGCCUGAUUGGUGUACACGUCGUACAUUUAGUGAAUUCUUGUUUGAAAACCAAUAAAAGGAAAAGUGUCGGCA